CUUCGUCUUCCGCCGUUUAGCAUAGGUACAUUAUUCAUGCAAUCGUGCAUAAUAUAUUAUAUUUAAAAAAAUACAAUGUUUUAUUAGCAUAGCAACCUCCCAGCCUAGUCAAGAGCAUGGAUCUGGAAGCCCUUCCACCGGAACUAGUGUGGCACAUUCUGGACAAUCUCACCGAUCUACGGGACCGUAAAAAUGCUUCCCUGGCGUGCAAAGCGUGGAACUGGAUGUUGUUCAGCUCGCCGAUAACGCUUCGCUCGGUUAGUCUACGGGUUUGUCCAAAGAUUGCCAGCUGGGAAACCGUGGACGCCGAAGAACUGUUCGACCGCAUGUUCGAUGCCUUGGUUCACAGUAAGAGGAACUAUGUCAACUUGGAGUUCUUUCAUGUGAACUUUGCGCGGCCAGUGGCUCGGGAGUUUUUGUUCUUUAUGGUGCAGCUGUGUUGUGAUUCGAUUGAGUGUCUGUGUUUUACAAACUGUCAUGGUCUGCGGCGCAGCGAACUGUGGCAAGUGCUGCAGCUGUUGCCAAAGCUGAAGGAACUUACUAUUUCCGGCGGGAUUUACUAUGAUGAAUUUGAUAACGAUGCAGAGGUGUCAGAGCUGAAUCAACUGGAAAGCUUGACCCUUGAUAUUGGAGAUGAUUGUCGAUUGUAUCAUGAUUUUUUGACAAAUCUGCCAAAUCUGAUGCGGUUCAAUAUUCGGACGAUUCAUGGAUGUAUCGAUCUGUGGGAUGUCAUGCUGACGCGAUGUUUGAGUCAGCAGUUGAACGCUUUGAGGUUCUCCACCAGUCGGUGUUUCAAUCAAUCGGAGUUUUCCGAGAUGAGUUUUUCAAACCUGACAAAACUGGAACUAAAGAUAUCCGGAUCGGUGUGGCCACAGUUGUUCAAACAGAUGAAAGUACUGAGGGAGUUGCAUCUGGAAGCCGGUAUUAAUGAUGAUGUUAUUGCAGCCAUUUGUGGAACAUCAACGAAACUAAAGAAAUUGAGCCUUCUCUGCUCCGGGCUUAUUGAGUGCAGGAAGUUCAACAUGCUAUCGAGAUUGGAGUGUCUCGAGGAUCUGCAGGUACGAGGCAUCCAUAAGUUUAGCUGGCGUCACGUAAACUUUUGCAUGCUGAAACGACUGCAUGUCGAUAACGUUGGAACUGAUUUCACCAACUUUUUGAAAGAACUUUCCACUCUGAAAUCGUUGGAAAUUCACGAUACCAAAAUGAAGAAUGAGCAGUUGAUAAAGGUUACCCUGAAUGCCCAUUCGGUAGUACGUUUGGAGCUUGCAUUCUGUAACAAACUGAGCGAUAAAGCAUUCAAACACUUAACAGACAUGGGAAGCUUGACAGACCUUCGACUAUGGGGCAUCAACGUGUCCAAAAGCAUCGAUGAUCGAUUAACGUGUCCUAAGUUGGAGAAAAUCAUUUUCUACUUCAAUGAUAAUAUCGAGGAUUCCACGCUGGAAGCAUUGGCACAAAAACUACCUCAACUGAAGCUGCUGGUUCUAUACGACUGCUACCGGAUCAGUUCCCAGGGAGUGUCGAACCUUCGCAAGAAGCUACCCGGCUGCAAUGUGUUGGAGUUGUACCGAGGCGACGAGCUACCACCGGCGCUGGUGGCGGAAACUCAAAUAUACUACCGCAAUGCCGAGUUUCCCAAUGGAGUUCUCAAGCAGGAGCUGCCCUUCCAGUGGUAUUGAUGAGAUCAACACUGGAAGAUUAUGUUUUUAAUGUAUGCGUGGAAUGUUGGCAUUUGGUCCAUUGAAGCAUGUUGAGGAGCAUUUGUUCAGUACCUAAGCAAAUUUUUUCGGUUUUAUUAUGGUCUUUAAGUCCAUUCUAAGCCUUAUAAUCCUCCGAGAUAGUCACUUGGGUAUCCUAAUUUGCGUAUUGUAUGAAUAAGUCGUAAGAUGUGUUAUACGUAAUUUAAUUCAACAUUCUACAACUGGUGAUCAACUGAUCAUCAUGUUAGGGAGCUGAAGAUGUACAGGAUUGAAAAAGUCAUGAAGAGUUUACUAAAUAUAUUUAAACAAUGAUUUUAAGAGAUUUAUGAAGGGACGUAGGGUUAAGACAAGUCAACUCAGCUCAUGUUCCUGUACGGAAAUACCAAUAGGAUUGUAGUAACUUAAGAUCCAUUGAAGCAGAUAUAUCAGCCUGAAGUUUCGUCAAAUCUGAGUCUAACAAAUAAACUAUUGAAUAAAAAAAAUACGUGAAGCCUGAGUUUUAGCGAUCGGUAAAGGCUGAGAUUAUAUCCCUUCACCUAAUAGAAAUGUUUGUGGUGCGAAUGCGCAAUGCAUUUAAGUGUAUAUUGAAGAAAUAAAUAUAUAAAAAUUGUCAGAAGGUUCGGUCAGAUGUUG